AUGGGCAACAAAUUCGGAAAACCAGAAGUGCGUCACACCAGCUCCCUCAACCCCGAGGAGACCAAUGUAAUCCCCAUCGACCUUGCACUCGAAUCCGCGCUCGUGCGCAAGCAAGAUAGACACAUCCUCCCCAUGAUCUUCCUAAUGUACUUCUUCACCUUCCUCGACCGGACGAACCUCGGAAACGCCCGAAUCGCCGGCAUGGACAAAGACCUCGGGUUGGGCAUGUACGGAUUCAACACAGGCGCCUGCUUAUUCUACGCCGUCUACUUUGUCGCCGACGUUCCUGCUGCGCUGUGCGUGAAGAAGUUUGGCUUCGUGGUUCUGCCCCUGAGCUGUGUUUGCUUUGGCGCAGUCACUGUUGGGACUGCGUUUGUUCGUAACAGUGCCGGGUUUUACGCCAUCCGUAUCUUGCUGGGUCUUUCUGAGGCGUUUCAACUCCCGGGAUUGAGCUACCUGGUGUCACGGUAUUAUCGUCGUCACGAGGUGACGACUCGGAUCUCGUUUUUUAUGCUGGGGGCUGCGGGAUUCGCUGGUGGGUUUGGAGGCCUGUUGGCCUCGGGCCUGCUGCGCUUGGGCAGCGUUGGGAGCGUGAGGUCCUGGCGGGUCAUCUUCUUGGUCGAAGGGAUCGCAACAAUCGGAUUCGGCAUCAUCGCGCUAUGGCUGUUCCCAGCUGAUCCAUCAACGACACGGAUCUUCAAUGCCUCAGAGCGAAAACUAGCCAUGCGCCGACUCAUCCACGACCAGCCCGCCGUCGUCUCGCACAAAGAAAAGAUAACCUGGUCCCCAAUCAGGCGUGGUGUCUUCAACGUCAACGUGCUCAUCGGCGCCUGGAUCUUCACAUGCAACCAGAUCACCGUCCAGGGACUCUCCAUCUUCACCCCGACAAUUCUGCGCCUCAAUUUCCCCGCCAGAUCGCUGGUUCAGAUCCAACUCCUCUCGUCGGCGCCGCCGCUAGUGGGCAUGCUGUUUAGCCUGGGCGUGGCGUACGUCACGAUGAAGACGCGCAGACACGGCGUUGCGAUUGCUGCCUGCGCCGGCCUGUGUGUAGUCGGGUAUGCCAUGUGGCUCGGCUCGCGAGAUCCGCAGGUGCGGUUUGCUGCAGUUUUCUUGAACACGGCGGGAGGGUAUGGUUUCGGCGUGCUGAUUAUCGCAUGGACGUUGGCGAACGCGGCGCCCGAUACGGCGAAGAACGUUGCAAAUGCUGCUGUCUCUGGGAUUGCAAAUAUAGGUUCUAUCGUGGCGACGUGGAGCUACAUCAGCACUGAUGCGAAAAACGGAUACAAGAUUGGCAAUGCUCUGAACACGGCGACCGCACUUUCCGUUGUUAUUGCGUCUGUAACACUCGUGCUGUAUCAGACGAAGGAGAAUCGAAAGCGUGCGAUUGGUGCGCGUGAUUAUCGUGUAGAACGAUCGGCAGACGAGGUUGCUAGACUUGGACAUCUUCAUCCAGAGUUUCGGUAUAUCCGCUAA